GGUCCGUAAACAAACGAACUCCGAGCGCAGCCCUGCGCAACGUCACCGGCAGCAACACCACGACUCGCUCAAUGUAACCGCGACCAUGGCCACUCUCGCAGCACACGACCAGGAGAAUGCAGUGCGCAAUCUGCAGGUCGGCCCCGGCGGAAAGCCGCUCAACGCCGGCGCGAAGAGCUUCGGAUCCAAAACACCAGGAAACAAAGCCCCGAAGACGCCAUACAAGGUCCCGCUCAACGACGAGAAUAUGUUCACCAAAGGAGGAAAGGGCGAUGGGAAGGGAAACCUGCUUGUGACCACCAAGAAAGGCGGCAAGCUGGAUGCAAGCGCCUUUGUAACCCCAGCGGGUCCACGCAACCGCGCUCCUCUAGGCGCAAAGACGACCAACGCCAAAGGAAAAGCCUUCCAAACGCCUGCGCCCCUCGGAUCCUCUGCCAAAACCCUGAAGGCAAGCCCGCGCCUCCGCCGUCCGAAAGUCAAGGUCCACCAGCCUGAAGCCGAGGCCGAGUCUGAAGAUGAUGUCCCCGAGAUCGAGUACAUGCCACCGAAGGAAAUUCCGCUUCUGGAUGACAUGGACGACUACCUCCCUAGAGACUGGGACUUCUCUGUGCUCUCAGGCGAGAACGCGAUGCGCGGCAUCACCAGCGCAUACCACAACCCAAUCGAGGACGACGGCCGCACGAAGGGACAGCGAGAGUUUGAAGAGAGCUUGGAGCGCGACCGCAAGAAGCGAGACGAGGAGUUCGAUAAGAUGUUCGCUGCGCAGAUAGCCAAGGAUGAUGCAGAGUCGAAGCGCUACUUUGGGAUCAAGGAACCGAAGAAAGAGGCGCCCAAGCCCACUGUCAAGGCCACUUCAACCGUGAGGCCAGCUACCGGUCUCUCGACCAUGCGUGCCCGUUCAGCAGCUGCCGCACUUGCUCUGCCAGACCGCUCUACACCAAGGUUCGGUGCGUCAACGGCUGCUGCAAAGGCACGUGUACCUACUGGUCUAGUAUCUGGCAAGAAGACUCCAAGGCCCCUCGCAGAGCCGACAGCUGCCCGUCAUGCCCGCCAUGCAUCUGCUGUGGUUUCGUCCAAGAGCACCAUCGGCUACGCCCAAGGUCGCGCAGUGCACUCAGGCUCAGCCAUGCGCCCGCCACUUUCGAACGUCACCAGGCCUGUCGGCCACAACCUUUCGACCACGAAGCGUGCCGGUACUACGACUCGUUCUCUCGCAUCUGCACACCAACGCCCCUUCAGUGCUGCUGCCUCAGCCAAUCCUCGCCCAUUCUCGCGCUCAAGCUCGACCUCCACGAAUGCAACACUGGUUGCUCCACCCCAGGCAGAUCCGUUCGAGGAGACGGCGGAAAGCGUGGAGCGUGAGUUGGAACUGUUGGCCCUCCAAGACGAUAUGGGCGACGAUGACGCGUGGAUGAACAGCUUCAACAACCAGCUGGGCGGUGUCGAUCCUCUCGAUGAAGAGCUCGAAGACUUCCAACUGCAGCUUCCGGAAGGCAUCUAAGUUUCUUGUCUGGUUGAAGACAAUCACAAUCAUGGAUCUCAGCCAAAGCCGAUUGAAUAGGGCUCGACCAAAGUUGUGUGUUUCUGUAUGCCGAUGGAGGCUAAAUUGUUUUCUUGUGUAUUGCUCCAUCAUGAUUCUGGAGUACUGUUUUGGAUACCUCUUUUUCAAUUCCGUGGACCUUCGGCGACACGUUGAGUCUGUAGUAGUAAAUGUGCGCAUUACUAUCCAUUCGUUUGAUGAACUCCAUGUAAGGUCCUCCGAUGGUUGUGUAAUCUGGUC